AUGUCAGAGGACGGUGCCCCUGAGGAUAACGCGGAUAAUGCAGAUAACGCAGAUAACACCCUCGAUGCCCCUGAGGAUAACACAGAUAACACCCUCAGUGCUCCAGUUGCACCAACCAUGCAAACUGGACCUACAACACCACGCAGGGGGCCCCCAAAGUUCAAGCAAAGGCAAACACGACAGUUCAAGAGCAAGCCCCCUAAGAAAGGAGUAAAAGGCUUUGGAGAUGAUAUCCCAGGAAUGGAGGGACUUGGAACAGAUAUUACAGUGAUCUGCCCCUGGGAAGCUUUCAGCCAUCUGGAGCUUCAUGAGUUGGCACAGUUUGGAAUCAUCUAAUCCACUAGAGUUCUUGUUUCUCCUGGAGCUCAGAACAGCGUUUAUCACCUGGGCCACAUUUUUACCUCUCCGUUCAAAUUUUGACAUUGUACAGAACAGAUGGCUUUAUGGGUAUGAGCCAAUUUUUCCUCAGGUUAACUUUGCAACAAAUUAGGUAAGGAUGCUAAAGAUCUAAGUUCCAACCUGGUUCAACAUCUUGAAAGCUUUCAAACAUUUCCCUGUAAAAUACUCUGGGUUUUUUUCCUCCUUAAAAUUCUCCAUGUAUGCAGUCUCCUAUUGUGGUACAGUAUUCCUUUAUUCAUAAAACCUCCAUAGGUACAGCUCUAAUUACCUAUUGUGCCAGGAAGACUCAGAAGCCAGCUAAGUUCAAAGGGAAGUAAUAGAAAGCAAAAGUCUGAGAACACUGAACAGUCAUAUUCUUAGCUACAGGUUCAUCAGUGUAGCUAUUAUGCCCUGUUGCUCAAAUACAACUCAUAUAUGAAAGCAUUACAUUUUAAUUGAUCUCUUACAUCUUUUUAUUAAAGCUUCAUUCAGGAGAGAAGAAACUACUUGCAAGGAACUAAUUUAUGGAGGUGG